AUGAAGAAGGUUCUGUUGGCGGUCAACGCCGAAUACGGACAAGCCAAUGUCUUCCUCGCCGUGGGCCACGCCCUCCAGGCCAUGGACCCCGAGGUCCGGAUCCACUUCGUUUCGUUCAACGAGAUAUCCAAGGAUGUUUCGUCUGCCUCGGAGUACUCGGUGAAAUCCACGCCAGGCGCACAACCAUGGAAGCUCCACCUGCUGGACGGCCCAGCAUUCAUGAAAGCUAUCGCUAUCCAUGAAGGGAAUAACAAGCUAGAAGAUACUUUGGAGAAACGCCCAAGCUUUUCAUCCAUCCUCGAGAUGUCGAGCAAGUUCAUGAGCCUGUUGUUGCCCUGGGACGGACCCGAGUUUGUGGCCAUCUACAAGAGCUUUUUGCGGAUUGUGGACGAGGUCCAGCCCGACCAGAUCGUCCUGGAUUCUCUCUUUGCUCCAGGCACCACCGCUUGCCAGCACCUCAACAUGGACUACAUCGUCUUCUCGCCCAACACGCUCAAGGACUUUGCCGUCGCCCUCCAACCGCGGGGCGCCAUGUUCUGGAAGUUUCCUGUAAUGGGCUCGGCCUUCCCCUUCCCCGUCCCCGCAACCUCCAUCCCCGCCAACAUCUUCUACUCGCUCACGCAGAUCUACUACGCGGUGACCGACCGGCGGACCAAGGCCGUGGCGGCGCACGUCAAGAAGGCGGUCGGCGCCGACCUCGUCACCUUCCAGCACCUGAUGAUGCGCCCGCCUAAAGACCGCAAGAUUCUCGUCUCCAACCGGCCCGAGAUCGAGUUCCCGCUCGCCGUCGUCCCUAAGCAUUUGACGCCCUGUGGGCCGGUGAUACGGCCCGUGCCGCCGGUGACGGAGGUGGAUGGGGAGUUGGAUGCGUGGUUGCGGCGGGGGCCGACGGUGUUUGUGUGCUUGGGGACGCAUCGGAAUAUGGAGGAGUGGGAGGCGUUGGAGAUGGCGGAGGUGAUUUUGCGGUUGUUGGAGGCGGCGGAGGGCGAGAAGGGGGAUGUGGGUGGGGUGCGUGGGAAGGUGCAGGUGCUGUGGAAGCUGAAGAGGACGGUCCUGGGCGGUGCUGCGCCGUACGAGACCGGGCCGGGAACGAAGGUCUACGAGGCUCUGAAGAAUGAGAUCGAGGCGGAUCGGGUGCGGAUUGUCGAUUGGGUGAAGCCCCAGCCGUCGGCCAUUUUGCAGGUCAAGAGUGUGGUCUUGUCGAUCAACCACGGAGGAGCAAACUCGUUCCAUGAUGCUUUGACGGCUGAAUAUCUGGGUAUUGGCCUCUGGGGCAACAAGCAGGCCAUGCCGCGCAGCAAGGCACAAGAGCUCGCCCCGAUCGUCAUCGACGCGGUGAUAGGGCCAAAGGCGGAGCAAUUGAGAGGAAAGGUUCGGCAGUUGGCGGCAUUGUGCGACGAGACCCCAGGCGUUUCGGUCGCUGCAUCUGCCAUCCUGGAGGGUAUGGGCGGCAAGAAAGAGUGA